GUCAUCCAUUUCCUCUGUCUAAAGUUGCAGUUUCCACAUUCAAAGACUGCUUUAGAAGCUCAAAUAAGAAUCAAAUUCCUUUCAGGAACAAGGCAAAAAAGUGAAGCAAAUCCCAAAUCACCUGCCUCGACCAGUCCGUUCUAUGUAUUUUCCAUGUUUGAAAGCGAAAAAGCUUCUUGGCGACGGCUUUUCUGAUUAUCCCACAGCUUCUGCAAGAGACGGAGUGCAAAUGCUGAGAUCGAGUUCGAGUUCUCGAGAUUAGAUUUCAGCUGCCGGAGCGGAGGAGAUUGACGGCGGAGAUGGUGGUUCGAAAAGUCGGCAAGUACGAGGUAGGGAGGACGAUUGGAGAAGGUACUUUUGCGAAGGUAAAGUUCGCUCAAAACACUGAGACUGGCGAGAGUGUUGCUAUGAAAGUCCUCGAUCGGAGCACCAUAAUCAAGCACAAGAUGGUCGACCAGAUAAAAAAGGAGAUUUCUAUCAUGAAGCUUGUGAGGCACCCUUAUGUCGUUCGUCUUCAUGAGGUUCUUGCAAGCCGUACUAAGAUUUAUAUAAUCUUGGAGUACAUUACUGGUGGUGAAUUGUUUGACAAAAUAGUUCAUCAUGGACGGCUUAGUGAAGCUGAAUCUAGGAAAUACUUCCAACAGCUAAUUGAUGGUGUAGAUUAUUGCCAUAUCAAGGGAGUAUACCACAGAGAUUUAAAGCCUGAAAAUCUGCUACUUGACUCCCAAGGUAACUUAAAGAUUUCAGACUUUGGCCUGAGUGCAAUGCCGGAACAAGGAGGUAGCCUACUCCGCACAACAUGUGGGACUCCAAAUUAUGUAGCACCAGAGGUGCUCAAUCACAAGGGUUAUGAUGGUGCUAUGGCAGAUGUUUGGUCCUGUGGAGUAAUCCUGUACGUGUUGAUGGCAGGAUAUCUUCCAUUUGAUGAGCUUGAUCUCACCACGUUAUAUAGUGUUAUCAACGUCUAUCUUGGGUGCAAAAUGCAAUCGAGGAUUGAGAGAGCCGACUUUUCAUGUCCAUCUUGGUUCCCUGUGGGGGCAAAAGCCUUGAUUCAUAGAAUAUUCGAUCCCAAUCCUUCAACUCGGAUUACCAUUGAAAAGAUCAGAGAGGAGGAGUGGUUCAAGAAAAAUUAUGCUCCAGUCAAACUUGUCGAAUAUGAAGAUGUAAAUCUGGAUGAUGUAAAUGCUGUCUUUGAUGAUCCUGAGGAAGAAAGGACUGAAGAUCGACAUGGUAUCAAGGACAUGAGCCCUCUGACCCUUAAUGCAUUUGAUUUAAUAAUUCUGUCUCAAGGCUUAAACCUGGGGACGAUGUUCGACCGUGGCCAGGAUUCUAUGAAGUACCCGACACGCUUCAUCUGCCAAAAGCCUGCCAAUGUUUUAUUAUCAACCAUGGAAGUUGUAGCUCAAUCAAUGGGUUUCAAAACACACAUCCGGAAUUACAAGAUGAGAGUAGAAGGCCCAUCAGCAAGCAAAACUUCUUAUUUCUCAGUCAUUAUGGAAAUUUUUGAAGUCGCUCCGACAUUCUUCAUGGUGGACAUUCAGAAAGCAGCUGGGGAAACCAGCGAGUACCUCAAGUUCUACAAGAUCUUUUAUGGCAAUCUCGAAGAUAUCAUCUGGAAACCUUCAAUCGACCCCGGAAAAUCAAGGACCUCGAAGAACAAGAGUAAGAAACGUUGAUUUUGUAUGCAUCAACAGCAUUAUCUAACCAGAUGAAGACCAAAGCAGUAUGCUGUUGGGAUAUGUUUACAGUUCUUUAGUAAAGAGAGUAACAAAUCCUAGGAAAUUUGUAUGAGAGUAUAUGUAUAUACCAUCACCAAGAUUUUACUAAAAUCUUCUUGCAAAUUAGCUGACCUAUGCCUUGCCAUUAUUUCGCUAUAUAGAGUAGGAACAAUGGUGGCGAGGGCGACAUUAAAUUGUCUUGUAUUUCUCUGAAGCUCAAUAUAGGCUGGUUAUUCUCCCGACCUUA